GUUUUUUGCCGGAACUAGAGAGAAUGAGCGAGUCGGCGGAUUGAUAUGUGUUGCGCACGCAGCGCACUUCCUCUUUAAGCGGGCGCUGAAGCUUCGGUCGGAUCAUGUCCAGCGGUUCUGCGGAUUAUAACAGCUCUAGAGACAGAGACCAUGGGGGCCCUGAGGGAAUGGAGCCUGAUGGUGUCAUCGAGAGCAACUGGAACGAGAUUACGGACAAUUUCGAUGAUAUGAACUUGAAGGAGACGCUCCUUCGCGGUAUCUACGCUUACGGUUUUGAGAAACCGUCAGCCAUUCAGCAGAGGGCAAUCAUUCCAUGCAUUAAAGGUUAUGACGUUAUCGCUCAGGCUCAGUCGGGAACUGGCAAGACAGCCACGUUCGCCAUCUCCAUCCUGCAGCAGCUGGAUGUGGAGCAGAAGGAGACCCAGGCUAUGGUGCUGGCUCCUACCAGAGAGCUGGCCCAACAGAUCCAGAAAGUAAUCCUGGCACUCGGUGAUUAUAUGGGUGCCACAUGCCAUGCCUGCAUCGGGGGCACGAAUGUGCGAAACGAGAUGCAGAAACUCCAAGCCGAGGCUUACCACAUAGUGGUCGGGACCCCGGGCCGUGUGUUCGACAUGUUAAACAGGAGGUUUCUGUCUCCUAAAUGGAUCAAGAUGUUUGUCUUGGAUGAAGCUGAUGAAAUGCUGAGUCGAGGAUUUAAGGAUCAGAUCUAUGAAAUUUUUCAGAAGCUAAGCACCAACAUUCAAGUCGUGCUUCUCUCUGCCACGAUGCCCGCUGAGGUUUUGGAAGUGACCAAAAAGUUUAUGCGGGAGCCUGUUCGCAUCCUUGUGAAAAAAGAGGAGCUUACUCUGGAGGGUAUCAAGCAGUUCUACAUCAAUGUGGAACGAGAGGAGUGGAAGUUAGACACACUGUGUGACCUUUACGAGACUCUGACAAUCACCCAGGCUGUGAUCUUCCUGAACACCAGGCGGAAGGUGGACUGGCUGACCGAGAAGAUGCACGCUCGGGACUUCACCGUCUCUGCACUGCAUGGAGACAUGGACCAGAAGGAACGUGAUGUGAUUAUGAGGGAGUUUCGAUCUGGAUCCAGCAGGGUGCUGAUCACUACAGAUUUGCUGGCUCGUGGCAUUGACGUGCAGCAAGUGUCUCUAGUCAUUAACUACGAUUUGCCGACCAACCGAGAAAACUACAUCCAUAGAAUCGGACGUGGUGGCCGUUUCGGCAGGAAGGGCGUCGCCAUUAACUUCGUCACGGAGGAGGACAAGAGGAUUCUUCGGGACAUUGAAACUUUUUACAACACUACAGUUGAGGAGAUGCCCAUGAAUGUGGCUGAUCUGAUUUAAAUAGCUGAGCUGGUUGCUCGUAAUGCAGUGCUCACUGUUGUUCAAUAAAACAGAGGCGCAUUGUCAUUAUUUUAUCAGAAACCAUAUUUGAAUUUUGUGGUCUCAAUGCUGAAAGUGGAAUGCUCAAAGUCUACUCCUUUAUGAGUGGACUGCCUGGGUAUGAUACUGACAUGGGUGCUUUAAAAUUAUUUCUUCAUAGGUAUUUUUCCUAGUAUAAUAAAAGUGUGUGUAUUAGAUGCUCUUUACCAUUUGAUAAUACAGUAUACCUGUGGACUGAAAGGUAUACGUGCUGUAUCGAGACAGCCAACUACGCGUGAUUAACUUAACAUCUGCAGUUAUUGUAGCACAAGGCUCACAUUUCCUGGCCUUUCUAAAUUAUAUAAGCACUUUAUCUUAGAUUAUUUUAUGCUUGUAUUAAAGCUGAUAAAUUAUUUAUAACCAUUAUGUGGUACAAGUUUUCUGAGCCAUUGUUUAGUAAUAACAAUAAAUAGCACUUCAUUGAUUAUGAAAUGUAUUUGAGCUGUCUGGAAAAUAAACAUGUUUGCUGGUGA